AUGUUCAAGCGUGAUCGAGCGCGCGUCAUCCUGCUCUGCCACGCGCUGCUGGAUGUCCGCGCUCCCCCCAUGACCACGCAAGGAGGCAGGGAGCAGCAGCAGGGGGGCGACAUGGAGCAGAGGGGCAGCAGCAGCCGUGCCUUCUCACCCUCGCCUCGCCACAGUCUGCAGGUAAGCCUCCCUAGGUGGCAGCGGUGGGAGGGAAGGGGAGCAGCACUCCACUCGGCUAGGGUGGGAAGGGAGAGUAUUGGGAUUGGGUCGUCUGAAAUAAGGCCAGCGCAAGCCAGGAGGACGGAAGCAGGCGAGCAGCAGGCGACGGGAGCACCAGGGCGGGCAGCAGGAGCGCGGGCAGCGGGGCAGCAGCGCCGGCCUCAUCAACGGUUGAGGUUGCAGUAUCGCCCCUGCCACCACACUCCACUCGAGCCCACUCCCCCUCAGGUUCAGGUGGCGGGGAGGGGUGUGGGGUCAACACCGACGCUCCCUCACGCCCCUCCCCUGUGGCCGUGCAGGGAGGAGGCACCUGGAGGAGGGCUGCUGCGGAGGGAGGCAGCUGGUGGUGCUGCAGCUGUCUUGAGCUCUCCCUCACGCUAUCAGCUAAGUGCAGGUUCCCUUGGCGUCUGUGCCGUGUGGCCUGGCCUCAACCAGUGGCCCUCCCUUUCUCUUCCACAUUUGGCAGUGGAGAUGAGGGGCGCUGGGGUCAACACCGACGCUUCCCCACGCCCCUCCCCUGUGGCCGUGCAGGGACUCGUGGGGACGGGAGGGAGGCAGCACUGCAGCAUGGCAAUCCCACUGCAGCAAGGGAGAGUAUCGGGAUGGGCUUGGCCUCUCAAGGCCUGCACUCACUCCCCACUUGACCUUCCCUUCCGUUCUCUCCCCGUCCAGUGGCUCCUCCUCCCUUCCCUUGCGUUGGAUUUCAAGUCACAGUUUCCCAUUCAACUUGCUCCCACCACCGCGCUCAAACUAGCUCUGUGUGUGCGCGUUGCAGGUGGGGGGGAGGGGUGUGGGGUCAACACCGACGCUCCCUCACGCCCCUCCCGAGUGGCCGUGCAGGGAGGGGGGCAGCACUCCACUCGGCUGGGAUGGAAUGGGAGAGUAUCGGGGUCGUCUUGA